CUGCUCCUCUCCCUGCAUCACCACGACACCACCAAAAUGGCCGACACCCCCGUUACCCUCCGGACUCGCAAGUUCAUCCGCAACCCUCUGCUUGCCCGCAAGCAGAUGGUCGUUGACGUCCUGCACCCCAACCGCCCCAACGUCUCCAAGGAUGAGCUCCGCGAGAAGUUGGCCGACCUGUACAAGUCCAACAAGGACCAGGUCUCCGUCUUCGGUUUCCGCACCCAGUACGGUGGUGGCAAGUCCACCGGCUUCGCUCUGGUCUACGACUCCGCCGAGGCCCUGAAGAAGUUCGAGCCCGCCUACCGUCUGGUCCGCAUUGGUGCCGCCACCAAGGUCGAGAAGCCUUCUCGCCAGCAGCGCAAGCAACGCAAGAACCGCUCCAAGAAGUUCCGCGGUACCGCCAAGACCAAGGGCCCCAAGAAGAGCAAGGACUAAGCGUCUCGUUCCCCAUGAAUUAUGGUUGGAUGCAACGUUUAGUGGCCUGGUGGUCGCGGCCUGUUCUCGAUUCUUAUGCAUUUACAUGUAUUGGGAACAGGUUGUGGUGCAGUGUAUGAGAGAAAUGGAAGGGGGGAAUGGGAUUAUACCUGCUAGCAUGGAUGCUAUCCUUCCAAAAAUCAAAAAAUGAUACCACCAUGUUGGUUUAUUCUUCCUUGGUGUAUGUGAACGACUUGUCAUCCCCCACUGGCUGGGUAUCUUCUAUGGUAGCCAGCAAAUCUCAUGAUCGCACCCAAAAGGC